AUGGCGAAUAUGUUGGGUUCAUCAUGGCGUUCCUUUUGGCAUACCAUGACCUCCAAUGACCGGCAUGCCUCCCACGACUCCCCCUACCGCACCGGAGGACACGUUCCUCUCAGCCAAAGUCGCGACGAGCCGCUCACAUCUGUCGCAACCAGCGCGAUUGAAUCUCGCCAGGACCUCUCCAACCCCUAUGAUGAUGAGCGUUUAAAAGGAUCUGCACAAGCAUCUGAAUGGAAUACAUCCCCUGAUGACUUGGGCUCUCCAACCCAUCCCUACUCACCCGGGAUGAGGUCGGUUGCAUCUCAAAAGAGACGAUCGAACGACCAAGGCGAGGGUGCACCGGAGAUUCAGAUGCAAAGUUUCCACGACGGAGCACCACCGCCGCCACCGGUCGCUCACUCCUGGAGGAAGAUCGAACGCUGGUUAGAAGGCAACUAUGAGGAGCUCCUUGACCAGCUCGGUGAAGGAUGUACUCAGAACGAUAUUAACGAAUUGGAGCACGAACUUGACUGCAGUUUGCCACUAGAGGUUCGGGAAUCGUUAAUGCUUCAUGACGGCCAAGAACGUGGCGGCCUACCCACUGGUGUCAUCUUUAGCGCCAUGCUACUCGACUGCGAGGAGAUUGUUCAGGAAUGGCGGAACUGGAAAACGGUCAACGACGAAUAUCUCAGCAACGCAACUAUGAUGCAAAGCCCACCGGCACCCAGCUCUGUAGCAAGCUCCUCCACGGCCGGUCCGUCUCAGAAGCGUUCGUCUACAGUGUGGCAAUCAGACCUGCUCGACCGCCAGGACUCCCAGCCUCCCGGUGCAGUUCAGAAAGCCUACGCCCAUCCCGCUUGGAUUCCCCUCGCCCGUGAUUGGGGUGGUAACAACCUGGCCAUUGAUCUGGCACCCGGCCCUGCUGGAAAAUGGGGUCAGGUGAUUAUCUUCGGUCGGGAUUACGACUGCAAAUACGUAGUUGCCCGGUCGUGGUCUGGGUUCCUCGCAACGCUAGCCGACGAUAUGUGCAGCGGCCACGUUCUCGUUGACGAGGAGACAAAUGAGCUGAAGCUGAAGCAAUUCAAGAACCAAAAUGUGGACCCCCCUUACAUGGAAAUUUUGCGCUGGAGGACGGAUCAGAAGUUCGGCCGCCGUGCUCCUCGCCGAAAGGGCCCGGUGCCCAAUAGCCUGGGCGUGAAUGCUACCGGCAACCGGUCCACCAGUCGCGAGUCCCCUUACGGUAGCCCCACGCGCGCUGAAGAAAGAGGCCGUUCGCCGCACCGUUUCUCCAAGGGUGGGAGUGCCCAGAGUCCCAAGACGCCAUUCGGUGUGUCCAGUCCUCUUGCACGCGUAACUGAGGAAACAACAAGCCCCGUCGUCACUGCAGGACCUGCAAUUUCUGAAGACGCCAAGGAAAGCGGCAAGGAGCCUCAGGCUGAAGAUCUCAUGGAGGUUGUAACCCCACAAAUCUCCAACAAGGAGAAUGAAGGGUUCCCUAAGCCCGUUGAAUCCAAGGAAUCCGACAAGGCCGAUAAAAUCGAGAAACCCGAGAAAACCGACUCCGUGGAGUCCUCGACCGCCAUUGAGUCGGAAGUCCUCGGUGAAAUGAAGAACGUGGCUAUUUAG